UUUUUCAUUUUAUUUUAAUACUUCAGCUUAUUUUUAUUUUAAUGCACAACAAAUUCAAGAACGGUUUAUCUCCUUCUUCCCCCCAUUUUCCCAUCUCAAACAAAAUUCUCCGGCUUCGAACAACUCUAAUUUUUCUUAUAUUCCUUACACAAAUGGCCAACAUUUUACAGUCAGCACCAGUCGGAAAUGAAGAAAAAGGUGCCAUUAAAUCGCCAAGAAGUGAGAUUGUUGCUUACGAGCAUUGGCAUUGUGGAUCUGACGAUUUUGACAAAAGUCUCUCGCAUCAAAUGGCAAGAGAACAAUGCCCAAAAAGAAUGUUUGAAGCAGAUCUUUGUUGUGUUGUUCACGAUGCUUGUUAUAUGGAUGAAACACGCAACCGCCAAAUCUGCGACGAACAAUUUUGCCAUUGUUUGGAAAGAACAGUUGCUCGUUCACAAAAUUCCAACGGAAACAACAAAACUGUUGAAAUAAAAGAAAAUGGAUGUUUGGAUGUUAGCAGCACUUUUUGCCAUAUUGUUAAUAUAUUUGGGGGUGUUGCUUAUGCUUCUUCUGUUGAUUUAGUUAAUAAACAAAAAGCGGCGAUGGAAGUUUGGGAAAAACAAGAAGCUGAAAAAAAGAAAAAAGCAAAAGAAUUAAUUGAGGCUGAGAAGAAGAAUAAAAGUAAAAAUGUUGGGGAGGAAGCGAAAAAUAAGGGUGGGAAAAAAGAAGCAAACAAAGAUGAAAAGAGUGCAGUUAUUCAUAAAUUCCCAUUGAAGGAUUGUUCUGAUAAAAGACUUGUAGAUUGCAGUGUUCAAUUACAAUCUUGUACCAACAAUUUACAAAACAAAAAAUUGGGAGAAGGGAAUAUCGAAGCUAACGGAAAUUCCUUUGCUUUAUUAUUAAGUGCCAAAUUGGCAGAAUGCACAAACCAAUUUUGUAAAUGUUCUUCUACAAAAUUAUUAACAAAAAUUGAACAAAAUGAUAAAGAAUGUGUUAAUAAUUUGGCUAAUAUUUGCGCUCAAUUUUCUGAUGAUUUUGGGGGGAUUUUGGAACAAAAUUUUGAAAAAACAAAAUCUACUUAUUUGAGUUUAUGGUCAGUUAAUCUAAAUCACCAAAAUAAUCAAAAUAGUGUCGGAUUGACUGUUAUGUGUACAUUACUUGCCUUGCUCGUCAUCACAAUUUUCCUCUACAUUUUAACAAAAAUAAUUAAUUUAAUUAAAAAACGUUUUGGAGAAAAAUCAAAUAAUAAACACAAAGAAUAUUUAAAAGCUAAAAUUCGUCGAAAUACUUUAACUAAUGCUUUGAGACACGUUGGGGGUGUUGGGGGUGAUGAUAAUGAUGAUGAGGAUUUUGAAAGUCGGGGAGGGAAAGGUGGACCUCAUUAUGUGGGUUUUUAA